CCGGUGUGUGUGGAGCAGUUCCCGCUCACAAGUGAUCAAAUCGUACUUUUGAGUUCACCCGCCUAUUGGGUGCUACUUUGGAGUUAAUGUAGGCUACGGUUUAUUAUAGUUGCAAAAUGUCGAAAGACAACUCCAGUGAAACAGAAGCUUAUGAUAAGGAAUAUGAUGCUUUUCUCAAAAAGCUGAACGAAUUCCAUCAACAACGAGGUACCCCCUUCAAGCGGUUGCCUCGAAUCAAUGGCAAGGGCGUGGACCUGUACCUGCUGUAUGUGGUUGUGACAGCCAGAGGAGGAUGGCAGAAGGUGAACGCACGCAACGAGUGGGAGGAAAUCCUCGAAGAUUUCCGACUGCCACCAGCGUGCGUGAACUCGUCUGUGGCUCUCAAGCAAAUCUACAUGCGGUACCUGGACACAUACGAGCGUGUGACAUUCCUGGGCAGCGAUGCUGACGAUAAGAACAACGACAACGACGAGGACGACGCGUCCCAUCCUGGCGCCCGCAGCCGCAGGAGCGUGCGAGCCCUCAACCUCGUGCCCCUCACCUACAACAACGCCAUACACAACGUCGCUGAAUCGAUGCGUGCGAGCGCGAACAUGUGCACGACUUUAUUGAAGCCGUCACAGUACGACCGUCUUUUCCUAUCACUGUGUUCACCGAUGCCCAACGAGCACGACUUCUCGUUCAACUUGUGCACGCUGCUCAGCAAUGAAGGCAGACAAGUCAUGCGCCUUGCACAGUGUCCCAGGCUGCUCGAGAUCAUGCUGGGACAUGUCGGAGUCUUCAGGGAUGUGUCGACCAGAAAAUACUUCGUGAGCAACAUCGUCGAGCAGAAAAACAAAAACCUCGUCCAGUUUUGGCUUGACUCAGUGGAGGAUUGCCGUGUCUUGGAGCUCCUUCUACCUCCAGGAUCUUCUUAUGACGAGGAGGAUUUUUAUCGUAGCUCAUCUCCACAAGAUAGACAAAGUUGCCCAUCAAAUUCUGGUGUUGGCAACCGCAGUGAAUUACCCGCCCUCGGACCAAAUAACACAAAUAACAGUGACUCGAGUAGACUACAAGUCGAUGAUUCUCAGAAAUAUGGUCCUGUAAAUAAUAGCUCUUCUAUAUUAGUCACUAGUGCUGCAAACGAUUCCGCUAGAAACGUCAAUAGUGUAUCUAAUAGCUGUAGAGAACUUGUUAUAGCUAAUUCUUCAGUCAAAUGUUAUGAAGACAGCUCUGAAGCGUCCGAUGUGUCGAAAAGAUCUAAUGAACCGUUGCUGGAAGACAUCUGUCGAAAGCUGAGAAGAGAGCUGUGCAUGGAAGGGGCACUACGUACUCCUGAAGACAUAGAUUUGUUUCACUGCGGCAGAGACUCCGGUCUUCAAGACAGCGAGGGCACUCGGAUAGCUCAACUCAUUCACAUUCUCCGCAACCUCUCGUUUGAAGAAGACAAUGUCACGACGCUUGCCCAGUCCAAAACGUGCCUAAGAUUCCUAGUGCUGUGCAUGUGCUCACGUUUUGGUGGCCUCUCCAUACAAGCUCUGGAUACUCUAGGCAACAUCGGGUCAGAAGUUGUGCUCGCUGACCCAAAGACAGACUCCACUACCCGACUGCUGCUAUGGCAUGUCUGUCAAGGGGUAUUUUCAGAAGACAGGGCAAGAGUUCUACGUUCUCUGGAAGUUCUUAACAAACUCGCUGUGUGCGACGCUAACGAAGAAGUCAUGGGAGAGAAUAUCGAACAGGAGGUGUACGAGCAGAUCUGCCGGUAUCUAACAAUACACGACAUCAUGCUGCUCAUCUACACGUUAGAGAGCCUAUACUCCCUGUCGUCUCUGGGGAGCGCUUCUUGUAACGCAAUAGUGAGGGCGCAGGGCAGCAUCCACACGCUGGUAGCGCUGCUCACUGUUGAGGCUCAGAGCUAUGGGCCCGAAGCCUGCAUUGGCAUGAAGGUGGUGGAGACUGUAACAGGAGUCGUUAGCGAUCCAGAUGCUCCUCCUGCUCCUGCCCCGCCUCCUCCUGUAGCCAUCACGUCCUCCUCCACCCCCGCUCCACCUCCACCAGCGCCCUCCAUCGCGCCUCCACAUCCCCAACCUCCUCUUUUAUCCUCCGUGGUGUCAACGCCAACGCUGGCCGCCGCCAACGCUGCUGCACUUCAGAACGGUGGCCACGGCAGCGGCGGGGCAAACGCCAUCAAUAAAACGCCGGCCAAGAACGUCCUUGACAUGAAAAAGAGCGUCAUGUCUUCCGCCAUUCCUGCUGACGUGGAGGAGUUUGUAUGCGACUGGAUCCGUCGCAGCUACGAGGCUCAUCCGGGCACGCUGCUGGAGCAAGCCGUUGUGUUCCGUCAUUUCUCAUCAGCCAUGCACGCCCUUGGCAAGAAGCAAGGCUUUAAUCCCGUCAUGCUUUCUAGCUGCUUCAGGAAAGUGUACGGCUUUAAAGUCGGUCCCACACGACACAACCCUAAAGACGCGAGUGACAAAUGGUAUUACCACGACCUGAGGCGCAGAGAUGUGCCUCUGCCCAUAAGACCCGCCGACAGACUCGGCAAAAACAAACUUUUUUCAUCGUCAGCUCCUCUGACGAAUACCCCGGUGCUGUCCCGCCCCGACCCUCCCGCGUCGGUGGGGUCUUCUAUACUCAAAGCCCAGCUCUCAGCCCCUCUUAGACCUAUCAGCCCAGCCCCGCCUAGAACUGUUCAGCCUCAACAACCGGCGCUGGGCGCGUCUCCGAGCUCUAGCGGCAGCGGCGCAGCGUCCCCAAUCUCUUCUCCACCGCCUCCAUACAGCCCCAGUCCUCGUCUUUCCCCACGCUCCACUCAUUCCCCUUCCCCCUACACUCAUCCUUCCCCUUGUGCCACUCCUCCCCCACCUCCACCACCCAUGCCACGGCAGGAGAACUCUGCCCUCAUUAAGAGCUUGUUGGCGAACAAGGUAACAGAUCCUCCCGUCGUGGGGGGUCUGGCUGGCAUGUUGGCUGCCCCUUUAACAACGUCCUCUAAUCCUCUGCCUUCUUAUUCUUCAUCGUUAUCUCCACAAUCAUCCUUUGCUUCACACUCGCCUUCUUUUUCACCUCACCAACAUUCAUCUGAUCUGCCUUCCACUUCAUGUUAUCAAGCACCGCAUACAUCAUACACACCAACAGACCAAUCCACUUCUUAUACGACAUCGAUGACAUCGUUCGACUCAAGUCAAGGCAGCAAUGAUCUAUUGCCGCCCCCUCCUCCAUACCCGCACUACAAACAAAACCAGCGACUGCCUUUACCGUCCAUGCAAAUGCCUUCUAUUCUCAAAACUUGCCCGGCUCCAAUACCUCCGUCUUUAGUUGCUUCUUCCUCAGCGUCCGCGGCUCUCACACCAAAUUUAGGACAAACUGCAGUUGCCGAGGUGUCCCGAAAUAUGCAAAAACAACAACAGCAACAACAGCAGCUGGUGUGUGUUGAAGGAGACACCAACGGAACCCUCUGUAACGACAGCUCUUCUGUUGAUACGUCUAUCAACGGUGUCACUAUCAACGGCGAGCCGGCAAAGAUGGAAGAAGAACUGGUUGGAGCUGGUCGGGAAGAGCACGAAGUUACCAGCUUCGAAGGUAUCCUGCAGAACGGGUUACGGGAUACGGGAAUGUCCGGCUCCACCAACAACACAACUGUAAUCUCGGUAGCGACUGACACAGAAGCUUUGCUCAAUAACAUCUCCGUCACUAACAACAACAACAGCAAUGAUGGCAUUGCCGACGGCAGUGGUAGCGUGAAGAAGAACGUCUUGGCUGAUCUGUUGGAAAAAACCGUUGGAGGCGACAUUCUCAAUGGCGUUGUGGACAAGGAAAUCAGGCUCUGUAAUGGUCCUCUAAGCGCUGGUGUGAACAAUGUGAACAAUUCAGGCGGGCUAAAGAGGCCUGGGGCAGAUGACUUUGAUGACUGCGGAGGAGGCACCAAACGCUUGGCAAUAGAUCGCGGCGACGGCAAAAUUACUCUCUACGUGAGCCAGAACGGCGAUGGAAGCUGUGAUGCUAUCGGGGGUGUGGAUGGCAGCGGUGCGGCUCCACAACAAGUCGUGUUCAGUGGACAAAGUGUUGCUAAUAUCAUCGCUGUGUCCACCCCUAUUGCCACGCAGAGACAGAUGAACUCAACGCAAGGUCAACUAGUCUCUUCACAGGGACAAUUAUUGUCUUCUCAAGGACAGUUGGUUACGUCCCAGGGGCAGUUGGUUUCUUCUCAAGGCCAGCUAGUCACGACUCAGGGACAGCUAAUAACUUCUCAAGGACAGAUGAUUGCUUCUGGCCCUCAACUUAUAACUUCAACAGGGCAACUGAUCUCAUCUACGGGACAAUUGAUCACUUCUGGAGCCCAGCUGGUUACUUCAACUGGCCAGUUGAUACCAGCAGCCGGUCAGCUGAUGACCACCCAGAACGGUCAAAAGGUUGUAGUGCAAGGAGGAUUCCCUCAAGUUAUUGGUGGCCAGGUUGUAUUGUCGCAAGGGGGCCACUUGGUGGUAGGUGGUAAUACGAGCGGUGGUGGAGGAGAAACUGUUCUUCUCGGUGGCCAGGUGCUGCAACAGAACGCGUCUGGCAGCGGCACCCAAGUUAUAGGAAACACUGGGCAGAUGUUAGCCCAGGGGCCUCAGCAAGUUCUAACUAGUAACACAGGACACAUCAUUGCUCAGGGUCAAGGAGCUCUGCUUGCUCCUGCGGCAGGCACCGGACACGUCAUAACUCAGGGACAGAUCAUUGCACAACCACAAAUAUUACAAAGUCAAGGACAGAUAAUUUCUCAAGGGUCAAACCAGAUUUUGGGUGCCAGUGCCGGACAGAUUAUUACAACUCCAUCUGGACAAAUUGUAGGGCAAGUUACCCAGGCUGGUCAAAUUUUGGGACAAAUUAAUCAGGCUGGUCAAAUCGUUGGUCAAGUUAAUCAAGCCGGGCAAAUCGUUGGUCAAGUUAAUCAAGCUGGACAAAUCGUUGGUCAAGUUAAUCAAGCUGGACAAAUUGUUGGUCAAGUUAAUCAAGCCGGGCAAAUCGUUGGUCAAGUUAAUCAAGCUGGACAAAUCGUUGGUCAAGUAAACAGCGCGGGCCAGAUCGUCACUCAAGGGAGUGCGGUCGUGAGUCAAGGAGGCACGUUACUAGUCCAGCAAUCCGGUACCUCUGGAAAAACCUUAAUUAUUUUACCGCCUGGCCAGAAAGUUUUACAACAGCCUGGUCAGCAACAAAUUGUUAUGCAACCCCAGACUGUUGGUGGAGCGCCUAUUUUGCAAGUUCAGCAAACGCCAGUUUCUGGUGGUCAAGUAUUGCAUCAGCAACAAACAGUUGCUGGUGGACAAGUGUUGCAAGUUGUUACUAACUCUAACGCGGUAUCCGGGGGAGUCGUGAGAACAAUUGCACCUUCUAGUGUCGGUGUUAUCCCUGCCAGUAACUCCAGUUUACUUAAUAGUAAUGGGGGUAACCAGGGACUACCAGCACCUGUAGCGACGGCACAGUCAUCGGGAAUCAAACAUCCCGUUUCCACGAGUGGGUCUAUGACGUUCGUUUCGAACAGAGGACCCGUCAACUCUUCUUCUAAUAACGCGUCUUCGUCCCAGCCUCCGGGACCGAUGGUUCCUGCUCCGCAAAUUUUAGCCUCGGGCAUCGUGAGGCGCCCUGUCAUGCUGCCUGCUCCUUCUCCUGGCGGUGUGGCAGCCAACGUUCCUAUGGGCAUCCAUUCCAAUCCCCCUAAGCCUGGUGGACUUCAGUACCUGUGUGAAUGGAGAGGUUGCAAUAGCAUUUUUUCGACACCUCAACAAGUGUAUCACCACGUUUGCAAGAUACAUUGUCCGCCUCAUCUGGUCGAGAUCCAGUGUCAGUGGGCGGGUUGCGAGCCUAUGGUGCGCAAGCGUUUCAGUACCAUGACACACCUCCACGACAGGCACUGUAAUGAGCAGUUACUGAACGUUUUAGCGGUACGGAGACAACAAAUCGCCACGUCCGGUAAAACGGACCUCCCGAUCCCCCACACGCCGCCUCCGCAUCCUGGCUACGCGCCCAACGCUGCCUUCCACGCCAUUAAGAGACACGCGCUCGAAGUUAUCUCACAGAGAGAUGCUGUGGAAAAAGAAGGACCCGUUACCAAAAGCAUUCGCCUUACGUCUGCCUUGGUACUUAGAAACCUAGUCAUUUAUUCCAACUCCGGCCGAAAGUUAUUGCGAGGCUACGAGUCCGAGCUUAGCAACGUCGCCAUUAGUACGCAGGAAUCAUCGCGAACUGUGGCUCAGAUUCUGCACGAUUUGCACAUCAGCGACCAGUAGCAGCUGGUCUCACGCCUUUACUAUCUUACUAUAGCAUCUUUGUAUUGGUAAAAUAUUGGAAUAAUGCUCUGAAUUAUUACUUAAAAGCAAGCACGCCUUGAUUGUCCUACAACUUUGUAUUGAUACUAAGAUCUGUGAACCGCUUGCAAUGUUCCAAGUGGGUGCAGGUAAAAUUGAGUGAGUGUCGCAAACUUAUUAUUAGGUUCGAACUUGACCGUUGUCUAAAUGUUUACUUUUUUAAUGUUUUUUGUGACUGAUAUUGAAACUCGCGCAUUCUCUGAGUCGUUCAUUAUAGCUAUCCUAUUUCUGUCGCUCGUUGAAGUAACUCGUAAUUCUUAUAUUGACUGAAAUGUGUAUUACCAAUUGGAUCAUAUUUAGUUUCUGGUAAUGGAAGCGCAUCAAGUUGAAGUUCAUCUUCUGUAUAUUCAUUAUCUAAAAAUACUUCGCGAUUUUUUAUAUACAUGCAUGUCAUUAUGGAAAAAUGGCGCUUCUCUGUGAAAGAUGCCCCCUUUUAGAUUUGUUAUCGGAUUAUACAAUUAAGGAUUCCAUCUAAUGCAAGUAUGAUUCUUAAUUGCGAGGCAAAUUUUGCUACUCUAUAGCUUUUGUUUGAAUUUAAUUUUCAAUCGUAGUCAACAGGUCCUUCUUUACACGCUGCAAAUAAUUUUGCUAUUAUAUCAAUUGGAUUGGUGAAAAUGUUAUGAAGUUUUCUCGUGAGGUUGUGCGAACAUGGAAGUGAUAAAUAUGCGCAUGACAUUUCAACCUGAACUGCAAUGAAUACAGACAUUUGUUCCGGCUCCUUUGUUAGUAAAAGUAGAUAUUUUAUACCUUCAUGUGUCACUUACUGUUUUAUUUGCCUGAAGGCUUCAUACGAUUUUCUCCGCUGUCAGUAACUUGAAAGUUUUUUCCAUGGAUCAUUACACGAUAUUCUUGCUUAUUUUUAAAUCACGUAUUGUAUUCUAACCGCCCAGAGAUAACCGGUGCAUUACAAUUACAGGAACAAGCAAUUUACUGUAUCAUUGGAAUCACCUUCAACAUAUGUACGUAAUUAGCAGAAUAAUUACCUAGACGGAUAUUGUUAUCAUUGAAGUUUUAGUAGAUUUGCAUGAAAAAACUCUGAACUAUUCUCAAUUUUCAUUGCUAUGUUUGACUUCGUUUUUUUAUGAUUAUGGAGGCUGCAUCGAUACGCUGUUUUAAUUAUGUACGCAUUGGGAAAACAUUAUGGCAUCCGUGCUCUAUCAGUUAGCCUACAGUUGAACCAAGACAGCCGAUCAUUUUCCUGAUGAACUCAUUGGGCUUUUAUUAUGAACUGAUGGCAUAUUUUCGUCAUUAUGUUAGGUCUUCAUUGCUCCCGUAUUGUUCCUGUUAAUGUAUGAUUAAUGGAAGCUCUAAAAAUCGUUGGACUUGCUGAAAUUUACGCCUUUACCCCUAAUCCUUUCCGUGCUACUUUUUUUUCUAAUUAAUAAAAGAUUUUUCUCACAUACAACUUAGUUUCUUAUUGUCUUACGAGAAAAAUGUAAUGUGGACUAAAAUUAUAGCGUUACAUGCUGGUUAUGACGGCGCUCAUGUACCUGACAACGAUUGCUCGACUUAUUUCCAACAGAAUACUUCAUUAUCGUUCUGCUAAUUUCGUUCAUUACUAUCACUCAUCGUAUUUGUUACUUGUUAUUCCUAACGCUUAUUGUCUCAUAUCAGUGUAGAUGGUUUUCAAAAUCUCAUUUUUUUAGAAUCUGAUGAAUUAUUAUGUUCUAUGAAUUUGUUAAUUAGAGACUUUUUCCUAUCUUCUGCAGCUUCAUUCUCAGUAGAACCUCGGACCACCGUUGCUUGUUUGGAAUUUAUUCAUUCAACCACUUUUCGUUCCUCACUGAUAAGCGAGUCAAAUCUCUGAACACAAUUACCAUAGUAUAUAUUUUUUCAUUCAUAUUGUAAUUUAAAUCUACACAAGGACCGUUUGGUUCUCAAAGAAUCACCUUGCUAUGGGAGUUGUUUUAUCACCUGAUAAAUGAGCUACAAUAUUUGCUGGUAGCGAGACUAAUGCAUGGAAUUUGUUGUGUCUCGUUAGUGUAUUUAAUUAUCGUGAUUAUUUGGGGAUACAACACAUAAGUAUUGGGUCCUAUGGACAGAAGAUGUUGAGGUAGCGGGAGGGGCUAGAGUAUGAACGAUUAUUCUAGUAAUCGCUCAAAGUAUCCGUUUUUUCUAAAUUAUUUAAUGAAUUUUAGAUGAUUGACGGUUUAUUAUUUCCUAUUUUUUUCUAAAGUGUUCUUUAUUAGUUUUUAUCUGUAUGCGUGGAUAUUUAGAGAUAUUUUUCCUUAUGUUCCUGUCGACUCCCAAAUUAUGCGGAGUCUAUUCCAAAUUAUUGCUUUCAAAGUGCUCGUACCUUAUUAAUGAUAAUCAACUUCUCUAUAUUUUGAACUCCCGGAUCACAAACUUCGUUUAUUGGCAUGGGGGUUUAAACUGCCUGAACUUUUUUCUCGCGUACGCGGUAUUGACGCGUGGCUCAUGAAACACGCAUUUACUUCCUAGUGUUUCAAGAUCUUUGAAUAGUCAUUUAUUAUUGUUUCUCGUCGUACAAUUUAUCUUUUAAUGAAAAACAAUCGAAGUAUUGACGCUCCAAUAACGGCAAUGACUCCUGGCUUUUCGUAUUUCACUUGUGUUUCUAGCUCUUUCAUUGUGACUAAGCUUUUAUGCUUCAUUCUCGGAGGUAUUUUAUGAUAGAAUAACUUCAAUGCUAGCGUGCAGUGAAAACAUUACUUAGGCUACUUUCUUUAUCUCGUUCACAACUCCUAAUGAAUUCCAACACUUGAAGCUUGACUUUAAUUCCCAUAUUUUAACGAUCGAGUGAAAAGUUGUGUCUUGUAAUAUUUCGUAAUUUGAGGCACUUGGCACUAGGAAAUAACUGCCUGCUUGUAUCCCAGUACAUUAUAAUUUAGCCAGUGCCUUUUGUUUCUCAGUGACCUCACUCGUGCUACACGAUAUUGCUUAUAAUGAACGUUGUGUACGUUAACUCGUAACGUCAUGAUGUACGUUCCUAAGAACGGUUCAAUAUGGUUAUUUGAUGUAAUUUAUUUGUUGCUUAGCUAAGGAAGGGAGGUUAUUAUAAUUUCUCGUUAUUAUCUAAGAUGUAUAUGUUUAAAAUGGUGGCGGAAGCGAUGAUCUACAGAACUCUUGAAUGCAUUUUAAUGUCUGUGGUUGGUGAAUGUUUUCGUGUUUCUCUUCAGUUAUUGAAGCCGUCGAAAAUUUUGGGCCACGAGCGUCCCCUUCUAAGUUAUAUUUUGUAUAGUUUUCUCAUGACAUUUUGCGCUGCAAUAGAGUGUAAUAAUCCUUUAGUUUACCUAUGAUAAUAAUAAUAAUGAGAACAAACUAGAAGUGAUGGAACCUCGUGCACGAUAUAGUGAAGAUGAUGCUUGAGGUGUGGAAAGCAUGAACUGAAGUUGCAUUCUAUAAUGUAUUUUUAUAUAACAUACGAACUUGUACAUAUCUUUGAAAUAUGCUUGUUUGAAAAUUGUAAUUGUGAAACCAAAUGUAUAUAUUAUCUACAA